AUGGGGAUUAAAAAAUUUGAGAGCAGCCGUGCGGGUCGUAACGGCCGAGGCCACCCUCCAAAUUGGUUUCUUCAGGUUUCUCGUAGUUCACCCUUCGCCACUCUCUUUUCUUUCUUUCUUUUCCCCCUCGACAGCUCUGGGCCUCAGAAGUGCGGCGCCUGCAUUCAAGAAGGCAUCUACGAAGAAGGCGUUUCGAUCUUGGAAACGGGCUCGGCUUUCCCAGAUAACGCCGCACGGCGGGAAGUGGAGAGUCUCCCGGCCGUUUGCAUUAACGAGGGCUGCGCUUGGAAGGGGACGAUAAAAGAAUAUGAGAGCUGCCACGAGGGGAACUGCCCGUUCAUGCUGGUGGCCUGCCCGGCCUGCCGGGGCAUGGUCCGCCUGAGCGAAAAGGAGCACCAUGCCGAGCGGGAGUGCCCCGAGAGAAGCCUCAGCUGCAAAUACUGCAAGCUCCUUUUCUACUUUCCCGACAUUAAGGCCCAUGACGCGGUGUGCCCCAAAUUCCCCCUCACCUGCGAGGGCUGUGGGAGGAAGAAGAUCCCGAGAGAAAAGUUCCCGGACCACGUCAAAAGCUGCAGCAAAUGUAAAGCGCCCUGCAGGUUCCAGCCGGUCGGCUGCGCUGAGGUGGCGGAAAAUGAGAAGCUCCCUGAACACGAGAGCGCGUGCCUGGCGGAGCACCUCUACAUGCUGCUGAGUUUUGUGCUCAGCCUGGGCUCCGAGACCCACAAGCUGCCGCCCCUGCCGGGCCUCCCGUCCCUGGAGUCCGCCGGCCCGGCUUUGCUGGGGGGUGACCCCUUGCUCUCGGGCUUGGAGUCUUCGGAUUCCCUCGAACUCUUGGGAAGGUGCGAAGCCCUGGAGAGGAAGACCCUCACUUUCGAGAACAUUGUCUGCGUGCUGAACCGGGAGGUGGAGAGGGUCUCUCUCACAGCUGAGGCCUACAGCCGCCAGCAUCAGCUGGAUCAGGAGAAGAUAGAGGCCCUCAGCAGUAAGGUCCGGCAGCUAGAAAGGAGCAUUGCGCUGAAGGACCUGGCCCUUGCCGAGAUGGAGCACACGAUCCAGGAGAUGGAGGCCGCCUCUUACGACGGAGUCUUCAUCUGGAAGAUCAUGGACUUUGCCCGGAAGCGCCAAGAGGCCAUUGCCGGCCGCUCGCCUGCCAUCUUCUCCCCAGCCUUCUACACCAGCAAAUACGGCUACAAGAUGUGCCUCCGGAUCUACCUCAAUGGGGACGGCACUGGGCGCGGCACCCACCUCUCCCUCUUCUUCGUGGUGAUGAGAGGACCCAACGAUGCCCUCCUGCGGUGGCCGUUCAACCAGAAGGUCACGCUGAUGUUGCUAGACCAAAACAACCGGGAGCACGUCAUCGACGCCUUCCGGCCGGACGUCACCUCCUCGUCCUUCCAGCGGCCGGUCGGCGACAUGAACAUCGCCAGCGGCUGCCCGCUGUUCUGCCCCAUUGCCAAGAUGGAGUCCAAGAACUCCUACGUGCAGGACGACACCAUCUUCAUUAAAGCCAUUGUCGACCUCACGGGCCUUUAAGCCUUCCUUGUCUGGGCUGGAUGUCGGAGCGCAGAGCAGCACCCCUGGCCUCUUGGCAGUGUGGCGGAGGGGGGGGGCGACAGGUUCUCUGCGUGCCCCUCCUCCCCGGGGGGACGGGACGCUGCAGGGAAGGAGGAGGGGGCAAGGCGUGCCACCCUGGAAGAAAGGACCUCUUCUGUGGUGUGAGGAAAGGGGCUCUCUCGGUGGACACUUUUUUCUGAGCCUUUGGAAACCCCGGUCACAUUCGUGGGGGGGAAGUGUUUGGGGUGGGGCGGGGAUUUGGUUUGGCUGAUGCAGACUGUGGCGCCCUCCAGGCUGUCCCCAAAGGAGGGGCGGGACGGCCGUUGGGAGGCCGAACGUUGUUUCAAACUAAACAGGACCUCGCUCUCGUC